AUGAAUGGUCAUGAUGGUUCCUCCUUAGUUAUAUAUAAACCCUAACUUAAACCACAACACUUCAAACCAUUUCUUCUGCAAACAAAACUAGACAGAGACACCUUCGUUAUCGCCCCUCGCUACUGCUCAAUCUCGCUAUCGUAUUGAUUCUUGCCGGCCCUUCCAGAUUACAAUUCUUUUAUUGAGAUCGAUAUUUUGUUCCGUUAGAUUACUAAAUUAUGGCUAUUGGGUUAUUGGAGGUUCAUCUGCUCAAAGCUAAAGGCCUAAGAGGCAAAGAUUUCUUAGGUAAGAUAGAUCCUUAUGUCAUUGUCAAGUACAAAACUCAAGAGAGAAAAAGUAGUAUAGCUUCAGGUGAAGGUGGAAGUCCAAUUUGGAAUGAGAAAGUGAGAUUCAAAGUAGAAUAUCCUGGAGUAGGCCAUGAUUAUAAGCUCAUCCUCAAUCUCAUGGACAAAGAUACUUUCUCCACUCAUGAUUUUCUUGGUCAAGCAACGGUUUAUGUGAAGGAUUUAAUAGAACGAGGAGUGGAAAAUGGAACUUCCGAACUUCGUAUUCAAAAAUAUAAUGUAGUUCAAUCUGAUCAAACUUAUUGUGGAGAAAUUCAAGUUGGUGUCACUUUUACCAAGAUGGAAGAGAACAAUGGCGGUCAAGAGUAUGGAGGGUGGAAGCAAAGCUAUAAUUAUUAGAUUAAUUAUUUAAUUUAUUUUAAUUUUCUAGAAAGAUGAAGUAUUGAUUUGUUUGGUAUAGUUUUGUAAUUUUAAAAAUUUGAGGGGGGUUUUGAUUCUCACUUUUGUUUAUUAGGGACUUGUAUUAGCCUUUUCAAUAAGAUUUUAUUCAUUUUUUAAAUUUUA